AUGUUAAACAGGGCCUACCGAACUGCCAUUUACAAAGCAAAGCGAGGCUGUUUUAAGGAUACUUUAGCUGAUGAUUUGCUGGCACUUGUUUUGAAGGCAGUUAUAGAGAGAACAAAUUUGAACCCAAGUGAAGUAGGGGAUAUAGUGGUUGGCACAGUUCUCGCUCCUGGCUCACUUAGAGCAAUUGAGUGCAGGAUGGCAGCAUUUUAUGUUGGUUUUCCUGAUUGUGGACCCAAAACUGGAGAGGAGAGGCAUGUUACAAUUUAUGUGGAUGUUGGCAUCCGGCCAAAUGCAAACAUGCCUGAUUUGGCGAAAUUGAAGCCUGCAUUUAAAUCAAAUGGGACAACAAUUGCAGGAAAUGCUAACCAGUGGGAAAGAAAAGCAAAUCACUAUACAAUGGAGAAUGUUGAUGUUGUCCGGGCAGAGUAG